AUGAACCACGACGACAACGACAUCCCCGCGCCGCCGCCUCAUCGCUACACCCCAUCUCUACGAAACAAUUCCUCCGUCACCCCCGGCGUAGACAAUCUCGGCCCAUCUUCGGUCGGCGGCGGUAUCAGCGGAAUCGCCCUCGGUGUCGCCAACAGCCACGAUCGCUUAAGCGGCGUCGACGCAGUUCGCGGUAUGGAUCACCACGACGGUUUCUCCGGUCCUGCCGAGCGCGGAUACCAUACGACCGGCUCGGACAACCCUUAUAUUCCUUAUACGCCUGACUUGGGGAGCUCAGACUCGCUGCGGCCAGAGCAGUCGUAUGGUUCGAACAUGGCGCUCGGCGCGACGGGGUAUCCGCCCGGUGUGCAGACGCCUGGCCAGUCGUCGAUACAACUCAGUGAUGGAGGUUCUUCGAAUCGGCGCAGUAUGAUGGAUCAGUAUUCUGGUUCGUCGUACAAUGGUGGUAUCGUGAGUGAUGGACCAUACCAACGACAGUCGCAGUACAGCACCGGGCAUGUUCCUGCCGAUAUCAACCCAGAUGAGAUCGCCGACGACGGUGACGACGAGUUUAUUCCUCGAUCGCGGAAUGCGGCUGCUGGCGCUGCAGGCGGAGCUGCCGCGGGAGGUGUUCUCGGUGGGAUGUUCAAUCGCGGCGGAACCGCGAAUCCGCAAUAUGGACCUGUGCCGGGCGGUGGUUUGGAGGCUGGAUCGAGAAGUGCCGCGGCACAGGAAAAGGCCGCGAUGGGUGGUGGAAUGUCUUCUCGCAAGAAGCGUGGAUUGAUCGCGGGCCUUGUUCUCGGUUUGAUCGUCCUGGGUGCGAUCGUUGGUGGUGCCGUGGGUGGAACGCUAGGAACGAAACAUAGCAGUGGAUCAUCGUCAUCAUCAUCAGCAGCAAAUGCCAAUUCAGCGACUAGCGAUACGGCGGAGAAUGGAGACCUCAACAAGAACUCUGCUGAAAUCAAGGCGCUGCUGAAUAACGACAAUUUGCACAAGGUCUUCCCUGGUAUGGACUACACGCCUUGGGGUGUUCAGUACCCGCUGUGCUUGAAGUAUCCUCCCUCGCAGAACAACGUCACUCGCGAUCUGGCCGUGCUUUCUCAACUCACCAAUACCGUGCGCCUCUACGGAACGGACUGCAAUCAGACUGAAAUGACUCUGCAUGCGAUCAGCCAGCUCGGAUUGACCGAUAUGAAGGUCUGGCUUGGUGUGUGGAUCGAUACUAACGAGACCACCACCACCCGCCAGCUCGACCAGCUGUACAAGAUUCUUGAUGAUACCAAGGAUCCAUCCAUCUUCAAGGGCGUGAUUGUCGGCAACGAAGCACUGUACCGUGCUGGUAGUGACCUGCAGUCCGCGGAAACGAAUCUGAUCAGCUACAUCAAAGGCGUUGCCUCUGAACUGAAGAAGCGCAACUUGAAUGAUAUGGAGGUGGCUACCUCUGAUCUCGGCGACAAUUGGAACGCAGACCUCGUCAGCGCCGUCGAUGUGGUCAUGUCCAAUGUGCAUCCCUUCUUCGCUGGCGUCGACGUCGACGUCGCCGCAGCGUGGACCUGGGACUUUUGGCAAUCGCAUGAUGUUGUCCUGACCAAGGGAACUACCAAGAAGCAAGUCAUCUCCGAGGUGGGCUGGCCCAGCGGAGGUGGUAAGGACUGUGGAUCAAGCCCGACCUGUGACUCCGAUACCCCGGGCUCCGUAGCGAGUGUCGACAAUAUGAACAAGUUCAUGUCCGACUGGGUCUGCCAGGCUCUGGAGAACGGCACGGACUAUUUCUGGUUCGAGGCCUUUGAUGAGCCCUGGAAGAUCCAGUAUAACACCCCCGGUAAAGAGUGGGAAGACAAGUGGGGACUCAUGGAUUCCGCUCGCAAGAUCAAGUCAGGUCUCAAGAUUCCGGACUGCGGUGGCAAGACUGCCUCGUAG